UGUCUGUCCUUCCCUGUCUUCCUUUCUUCCUUCCCUCCAUCCUCUCCAUCCUUCCCCUCCCCAUCACGCUAUUCGAUUCCAGUGGCGGCAACGAAAAACAAAGUGAGAGGAGCCCAAGGCCAGGUCCCUAUCGUCCAGAACAUGACUGUGACAGAAGGAGGAAUAGCCAACUUGACCUGCCGUGUGGAACACAAUGACAACACCUCCCUCCAGUGGUCAAACCCUGCACAACAGACGCUCUUCUUUGGGGACAAGAAAGCGCUGAGAGAUAACCGGAUUGAGCUGGUCCGAGCCACGUCGCAGGAGUUGACGAUCAGCAUCAGUGAGGUCACGCUGGCAGACGAGGGGAUGUACACCUGCUCCCUGUUCACCAUGCCUGUCAAAACAGCCAAGGCUUUCCUCACCGUCCUGGGUGUGCCUAAGAAACCAGAGAUCAAUGGACUCACCAAGCCUGUGUUGGAGGGAGAUCAAAUUACACUGACCUGUGUGACCUCUGGUAGCAAACCCGCGGCUGAUGUCCGAUGGUUCAAGAAUGAGAAGGAGAUCAAAGGUGCCAAAGAGGUGAAUGCCAGUGGCAAGACUUUCACAGUGAAGAGCUCCCUUCAGCUCCUGGUGAACCGGCAUGAUGACGGUGUGGCCUACACUUGUAGAGUGGACCAUGUGUCCCUAACUGCCACCCACGAAGAGACCACACAGGUCUUGGAGGUCCACUAUGCUCCCUAUGUAGAGAUCAAACACUCCAUACCAGCCACACUGGAGGGGCAGUACCUCAAACUGGAAUGUGUACCUCAUGGAAACCCCUCGCCAGACCCAGUACUCUGGACUAAAGAUGGAGGAGAGCUGCCAGACCUGGACCGGGUGAUUGUCGAAGGAAGAGAGCUCACCUUUAUGUCACUGAACAAAACAGAUAACGGCACCUACCGCUGUGAAGCUACCAAUCACCUCGGCACCAGCCACGCUGAAUAUAAGCUGGUUGUUAAAGAUGCCCCCACCACAUCGUCACCAUCCACAACUUCCCCUUCACCCACCCUCCAAGACAAUACAGGUCCCUUAGACUCCAAGGAUCUCAAUUCUGCUGUCACCGGUAACAGAGAUCCUAAUGCCCUGCCAGGACCGCCAGACCACGCUCUGAUCGGUGGAAUUGUUGCCGUCGUCGUUUUCGCCACUUUGUGCUUAAUUAUUGUAUUAGGACGCUACCUGGCACGGCAUAAAGGCACGUAUUUGACAAACGAGGCAAAAGGAGCAGAUGACGCCCCGGAUGCAGACACAGCCAUCAUCAAUGCUGACGGCAACCACGCACACGCAGAAGAAAAGAAAGAGUAUUUCAUUUAGACUGCAAUGGCACUGCGCUCCUCUCUCUCUCUCCUCUCGUUCCUUCCCUCCUUCCCUGUACCGUGUAGGAACUUCUUCAGACAGCGGCGGAAGCUUCUUCUCACUCUUUCUGUUCAGUUUGUUGUUUUUCAUUUCAGUUUGGAUUUCUUUUGCCUUUUUCGAUAACAGCUCACCUGCUACUUUAUAGGAGCAACUUUUUUGCUGAAGAUGUCACAUUUUGUAAUCAUUAAAUAGCUGUAAAACACCCCAAAGUAGUGCAAAAAGUCAAAAUCUCCAAAUUCAAAAAAAAAUAUAGUCUGCAGCCAUCCUCCAAUAAGGACUCGCCCUUCAUCCUCUCACAGUGCCUAAAUAUACAGAUGUCCGCUGAGUUUCAGUCAACGCCGCCAUGUUUGUCAGGCCUCUGGUUGCUUGCUUUUUUUAUCUUCAGCGUUAUGAUUUUUUGUAAAUGCUUUGUGCUAUGUUAUGUUAUUAUAAAAAAAAUUCUACUUUACUUUUGUUUGUGAUUCAUGCUGAAUCCAUUUAUUGUGAUAUUUCUCCCCCCCAAAAAAACCUAAACAAAAAAACAUGUACAGUAGUAAAAAUAUACUCAGACUUGAAGUGAGGGAAGUUCCCUUUUUAUUCUACAGAUUUUUAGGUGUUAAUAAUGUUAUCAGUAUGUAGAAAUGCUCCAUUUUCCAAAUUACCAUUACAUGAUGUGAAACCGACAUCUCACACUAUGGCAAAAAUCAGUAUUUUGUACUUGAACUGUAGAUAUUGGUACGUAAAUGAAUAGCUCCACAGAAGAUCUCAGUGUGUUCCACUGAAAAAUCACCUUGUAUUUAAAUUAGUUUUAACAGUUAGGUUUACCCACCAAAUAAACCAUAGUGGGCUAGUGAAUCAGCAAUCAGGCAAAGAAAGACAGAAAGAAAGAAAAAGCCCAGUUGUGUGUGUGUGUGUGUGUGUGUGUGUAGUAUGAUGAUGCAUCUCCACUGCUUGGUUCUGCAGCAGUCUGUGUAUUCCUGCACUGAUGGGACCCCAGUCUGCAAGCAUUGUCAUAUCAACAGAUCCAUGGUCCAAGUGGGUACCAUCUGAUUUAGCAUCGGUUUAGCUGUUUACACAACAUUUGUGCCAAACACAGAAAAUCUCAAAACACAGAGUAAUAUUUAACAAAAAGUAGCGUGCAACUAUUUGAGUGCUCUUAACCCUUCAAAUCACUGGUCAGAUCUAUAUACAGUCCAAGAAAGGUCCCAAAAAACUUUGUAUGCUAACCUGAAAAUUCCACAUACAUUAUGAUAACGUUGAGAGAACAUUGCCAUGUGCCGCAUACAUGAAGUCUCACUCAUUUUACAGCAUUAGCUUUAGGCCAAUCAAAUAAAUAAGCACAAAUGACUCACAUCAAUUCAUCAAUUGGUCUAAUACAACAAUCAUAACAUAAAAAUAACUAACUUUGAGUAUUUUAACCCAAAUUGGACAUCAGUAUGCUUUAUGGUGACUGAAGUCACAGGUUAUGUUAAUGUUUGGAAGUGUUUUGGAAAUUCUGUUUAUUUGUUGAUUUCUAUGAUGAAUUGACAACCUUGCUAAGGCUGUGUAAUAUAUCUGCUAAAUGUGGUAACUAGUGAAAAUCGUUGUUAGACUUUGGAAUCCCUAAUUCCAUCAAGUUUGUAUAUUAGCUGAUCUAAAUAUUGGUGGGGAAAAUUGUUAAUUUCUUUUUAUUUUAUUUGUCCUCAAAAAGAUUCUCGACAACUUCAUAACCUUUGCUUUAGCUCAAGGUGUGUAUAUACUGUACAAGAAUCACAUUUUGGUAAAACAUUUUUUGAAAGAUUGUUGUUGUUUGACUCUCAAUGUAAAUUAUUUAAUUUUGCUUCAUUGAAAACCACUGAAUGAGUUUGACGGCAUUUGUGACAGCAAUGGAAACCUUAAUGAAAUGGCAAUUCUAUGUAUUUGUUGAAUGGGAGACUUCUAGCAUUUAAAACACUUUUACCUAAUGUUCGGUUCCUGUAAACGAUUAGUGUUCAUACUUUCUUUCGCUGUCUGUCUCCAUUCUCACAGAAGGUGUCACUGAAGCUUUUGAAACCAAUAGAUGGUCAAGCUUGAAAUUUGCAUAGUAAAUCUCAAAAAUAUCUUUUCAUUUAAGUCAUAAUGCACCACAAUAACACAUAUCACUUCCAUAUACAAGUAUGUUACUUAAAUGUAAUUGUCUCGUCACAUGUAUCCCUAAUAUGUGUGAAUAUAUUAAUGGCUAGGAAUAUGGUAUCCUUUGACAGAGUGUUAUCAGUCAGAUACAUACUUUUUAAGACAAACUACCGUGCACAAAAAAGAUCAAUGUAAGCCUUAACAUAUCCACUGACAUGCUACUCAAGCCACAAUUACCUUCUUUUUUUUUUUUUACUACAUUAUCUUUUUAUGUGGAUUGGCUCAAAGCCGUCUGUCUGGCAUAAUAACUGCUAACUAUGUUUGGUACUUCUCUGAUUGUGACACUGACCUAAUGCUGCCUUUUGUGGUCAGUAAAAUCACAUGCUAUUAUCAAGAAAAUAUACCCACUUGCUCAGAUUUUGACCCGUUACAGGACAUACUCAACAUUUCCAAGAAAAAUAAAUCAGCUUCUUUUAUCACCAUUAUUGCCUUUGUGUUUGUAGUGGGAGCUUCAUGCUGUUUUGUUUGAGCUCUAAUGGCUUCUUGUUUCAUUGAAGAUUGGUCACCCAAUGCCUUGUUGUUUUUUUUCCUUCAAACUUGCCUUUAUACAUUGCAUGUUAUAUUGUCACCUCAUUCGCUUUUAUAAUGCACCAAAACACAUUUCCAGUUAAUGUUUUUUUGUUCAUCUACCGUAGUAAUUGCAUUGGCAUUUACAAAGAGUUCGUUGCUAAAAUAGUGGCCUAAAAUGUUUGGAUAAAUACUGGGAUUUAUUCAGUCAAUCAGUAUUGUAAUUUGCCAUUUGGUUCCCCAAUAUAUUUACUAAGAUUGUGAUUAUGAAAGUACAGACCAUAAAAACAUGUUAACGGCACACUAUUGAAAUCAGUUAUGGUGUACUAAUUUGAAUAGACGUCAGUGUACCAGUGUGGGGUGUUCUAAACUGGUCAUAUAAAAGAUUCCAUAAGAGUUCUAAUGCUCCAUAUAAAGGCAGCUCACUGGUUUAGGAAGAUAGCUCAAAUUUUAUCUGUCAGAAACAUUUUUGAGAGUAUGCAAGUGGCAAUUCAUCUACAACUGCUAUUUUACUGUGUUGUGGAUACAGAAUGAACAUUAUGAUCUGAAAAAAGGUUCCAUAUGUUCCAAUAAAACACACAUGGCUCGUUUCUCCUCCUGACAAACUAUAAAAAUAUAGACUCUACCCAUUAGUAGGCAUAUUUUAUUGGUAGAGUAAUGAAAGCUUCCCUAAGAACCAUCUAAAAUGCAUCAUUUAUGAUCACAGUGAAAUGUGGAAAUAGUCAAAUGCAUUCACUCUCAUUGACUUUCUUUUCAUUUAUUCAAAAGGUUUGGGGUUCAGUAAAUUUCAUACACUGAUGUAAAAGCAUUUGUGUAUUAAAAAAAAAAAAAAGUAUUUUUAACAAACUGGACAGUUUUUAAAACAGAACAAAAACUUUAAUACUGUUAAUUAAAAAUGUGAAUUUUAACCCAGUUACAUCCGUUGCAUUUAUGUAUUUUUUGCAUCUCAGGAAUGAAGUGUUUUUUUUUUUUUUUUUUUUUUACUUUAACGCAUACAGGUACCUCAUACCAAUUUAUUUCUAUUUGCUUAUGCUGCAUUUAAAACAUCGUUAUAUGCUCUUAUUUUUUUCAUGCCAGUGUGUGUACUGUAUAUAUGCUUGUUUCUAAUUCAUAUCACAUAAGCUGUAUAUAGUUUAAACAUAUCUGCAUAAUAAAGCAAAGCUGUCCAGUUGCUGUAAUGAUUUUUUGCGAAAUUUAGACCAGAAAAAAGAUGCACUCUAAUUUAGUUUGUGAAUGUGUUACACUAAGAGGGCAGUCGUCAUAGUAAGGACAUACUAAAAGUAGGUCAAGAUCAAAUAGUUUGAAGGAAAUUCAGUUUUCACAGUUUUUCGAAUGACCCGGCUAGAAUUAGCUGCACAGACGACCACACAAAAAGCAAACAGUUCCAGAAACCUCUGUAGUUCAAAUGUAAAAGAUAAACAGAUAAACGCUACUUAAAUUUCACCAUGUUCCUCUCAUGUUGCAAAACUAUUCCGUGUGCCAGUGAAGCAGAUGUAGUGGGUAGCAUACUGUGCACUGGUAGAUUGAGAACCUAGUUUAUAAACGAAAUCGGCUCACUAACUCUUGAAAUGAUAGUGGUUUCAGAACACGAAGGGUUUGUGCUUCUUGUAGCAAGCUGAAAUGAAAACGCCUCAUUUGGUUUCUUUUCUUAAUUUUUUUUUUUUUUUAAAUGUGUUCCUUGGUGUAUUCAAUUGGUUCAAAAUUCAAUUUUAAGCCUAAUUCACAUGUAUGGAAUGAAAUUGUUAAAUAAAUAAAUGCCAAAA